GACAGACAUCCAGCAUGCGUGCUCUCGUGGUUUUGCCUUUGCUGUUGUGUGCAGUGGUCUGUAUGAAUGAGGUGAGGGCAGAGGUCAAGCCGGUGAAGCUGUGCGGCCGCGAGUUCCUCAGAGCUGUCGUCUACACCUGUGGAGGCUCCCGCUGGAGGAGGUUCUUGAAUGAGCCAGAGAUGGAGGAUCUGACUGCAUUGGAGCCGAGCAGCAUUGAGAGCAUCACCAGCCAGGGCUCCCAGUUGACCAAACGGGACAUGAAUAACGUCCUCACCACUGUGUGCUGUCAGAUGGGCUGCAGCAAGCGCGAUCUCACCUUCCUCUGCUGA